AUGCAUGGGCUAUGUGAUAUAUGGUGUAUCAAGCCACCCUGGGCACAAUCCCAAGUCCUGUGUGGCCAAGUGCCGCAAGGGCUUGAUUGGGCAACUUGUGUGGGGCUUGGAUCUUGGCACAUACUCAAGUCUGGCUUGGCUAACCCAAAGCUCUUGGCCAAUCAGAUUAUUGACACACCCCGAUCUCAGUGCUCACCUCCUCAUCUCGUCCAACACACCAACAAAAAUAUGUCUGACUCCGCGGUGAUGAACUUGAACAAACUGGAGAUUGAGGCAGAUAAGAAAAGGUUGCAAGCGCUUGUCCAGGAGCUUUGA